GCUUGGGCCACCGCGGAGCUCACUGACGCCUCGGUCUCAGAUGGAUUUCAAUGAGAACUUCGAUGACAGCGACAGGCUUACCGUCAUGCCACUUGGCGCCGGUCAGGAAGUUGGAAGAUCAUGCAUUCUCCUUACGUUCAAAGGGAAGAAAAUACUCGUGAGUCACAUACUUUUGUAUGAUGAAGUCUGUAGCUAGACUGUGGCAUUCACCCUGGUCUGCGGAACAAGGAAAGCUUACCGUUCAUUGACGCUAUCCCAGACCUCCACACGGCGGAUCUCAUUUUGAUUAGCCAGUAAGUGUCGCAAGCAUGUAACCUAUGGACUAUGCUUUCAGCUUCCACCUUGAUCAUUGUGGAGGACUGCCCUAUUUGUUGCUGAAAACUGGGGUCCGCGCAAAGUGUUAUAUGACACACGCCACCAAGGCUAUUUACCGUUACCUUCUGGCUGACUUUGUCCGGGUCAGGUACUCAGUUCAUGCUCUAAUAUAUUCCACUUCUCGGUUAGUAAUUCUUCAGGCGUUCCUGAUCAGUCGUUGUACACAGAUCGUGACAUAAUUGCCAGUCUGGAUCGUAUCGACACACUAGAUUUUCAUCAAGAACUGGAGGUGAAUGGCAUCAAAUUUACAGCAUUCCAUGCAGGGCACGUACUGGGUGCCGCAAUGUUCCUCAUCGAAAUAGCUGGUGUCAAGGUACGCUAACGGUUCGCCAACGGUUUCAUUUAGUUUUUCAAGGUGCUCUACACUGGCGACUUCAGUAGGCAAGAGGAUCGGCAUCUUAUGUGUGCCGAAAUACCGCAUGUUCGACCAGACGUCUUGAUCACUGAAGCCACCUAUGGGAUACACAUUCAUGAUAAGCGUGAAGAUCGCGAAGCCCGAUUCACACGUUUAGUACAUGAUAUUGUUGGGCGAGGUGGACGUUGCCUAAUCCCAGCAUUCGCUCUUGGUCGUGCCCAGGAACUUAUGCUUAUUUUGGAUGAGUACUGGGCCAACCAUCCGGAACUCCAUGACAUCCCCAUCUACUAUGCGAGCCAACUGGCUCGAAAAUGCAUGGCAGUUUAUCAGACAUACAUCCACGCGAUGAAUGAAAAAAUUCGAAAUCAGCUGGCGAACAAUAAUCCUUUCUGCUUUCGCCAUAUUUCUAACCUCAAGAGUAUUGAACACUUUGAUGACUCGGGUCCUUGUGUAGUUAUGGCAAGCCCGGGUAUGAUGCAAUCUGGAAUGAGUCGCGAGUUGUUCGAGAAUUGGUGCACUGAUAGGCGUAACGGGGUAAUUAUCGCUGGCUACUGUGUUGAGGGGACGUUAGCCAAACAAAUUCUUUCCCUGCCCGCCGAAAUUCCCACAAUGUCUGGACAGACUCUACCGUUGAAAUGUUCUGUGGACUACAUCAGUUUCUCAGCGCACACCGACUACCAACAGACAAGUGCAUUUAUUCGUGAGCUGAAACCUAACUACGUGAUUCUCGUACAUGGAGAGCAAAACGAAAUGCUUCGCCUGGCAGGUGCUCUGCAACGUGAAUACGAAGACGAUGACACGUGUUGUUUGGAGUUGUUUACCCCCAAGAACUGCGUACCCGUUAAUCUACGUUUCCGUGGUGAGAAGGUUGCCAAGGUCUUGGGCAGCUUGGCCCGGAACCCACCUAAAAAUAAUCAGUCCAUUUCUGGAGUUUUGGUGAAGAAAAAUUUUGCCUACCACAUUCUCACACCGGAAGAACUUCCAACUUACACGGAACUCGCGACAACCACUGUAAACCAACUGAUCUCAAUCCCAUUCACUGGGAGUGCCACCCUCCUCAGGUUCCACCUCAGUUUGCUUGCUGGAACAGUGGAAGUGGUCUUACACAAGCCCGAAUCCGUCCAAUUCCGAGUUUUUGACUCGAUCAACGUCACAUGGCGACCCCAGCAGGUCAAUUUAGAGUGGAAAUCAAAUCCCACAAAUGACAUGUAUGCGGAUGCUGUGCAAAACGUGGUCCUACGGGCGGCAAUGCAGGGGAUGCCACCCAGAGGAUUACCACAUUUAACGGAACCCAGUAAAAAACAGCUGCAUAUGGCGUUAGAAGUAACCCUUCAAGACGCCUUCGGAAUGGAUUGCCUCGAAGUAGAUGAAGUCGAACCGGAUGCCAAGUCGAUUCUGGUUCGUGUCGACUCACAUGUUGCAGAAGUGGACUUAACAGACCUGGACACCUCUAGUCAGACGUUGCUCUCAACAACUGGGAAUGUUGCGCAAGUCUCAGAGAGAUUUCUGACCCGGCAAAAUCCAUGCAACCUGGUUGGGGAUCGCAGUUAUUCGCCGAAUGCUGGAUACAAUCCUGGCCUGGCGGUUGACAUGCAUCCAUGA